AUGGAGGAUGCUGGACAGGAUGAUGAGGCGUUCGAAACCCCUGAGGAGCGAAUGGCAUGGUUGCGCGCCAGGGGCGUGCGCAUCGAGGAGCCGGGACAAUCAAGUGGACCUGCACCCAGUGGCCAAGGCCGCAGCUUCGCUUUCGUCCGCAUCCCUGUUGAGGAUGCGCAGACUUGCGAGGAACUCGAUGGUCCUCACUGCAAAGGCGAUGCACUUCCAACAUUGUUAGGGCCGCGCUUUGCUGGCUGCAGCCUGUCGGACGAGGAACUGCGCGCUUAUGCUGCCGCACAGGGACAGGCGGGAGUGGACCUGGCCGUGUUGCGAAAGCUGGUGAUGCGGGGACAGGCAGAGUCCUUCAGCCUGGCUGUACCUACAGCUGCGAACGGCAGAGAAGCAGUCUACGCCUAUCUCGAUGAGGCCUCAGAGCUGAAAGGCCUGGCCGUGAACGAGAGGGCGAGCGCUGUCGCCCGGUCCUGUGGCUUCCCGUCAAGCUGCCGACUCCGAGGCGAUGUGUACAUCGGGCGCUUGAAAUGGAGCGAUGGGGGGCUGGUAGAGAAUGUGCACUUUCGGAUCGGCGAGUUGCAACCCGGGGCGCCGUGGAUGCAGCGCGCCGUGACAGAGAACUUGGAACACCAGAAGUCUACACAGCCGGAACAGCAUGCAGCCGCGCAAGACAGCGGAGAUCCUGAUCAGCGUGCUGAGGGCGUGGGGGACGGGUACACGUGGAAGGACGACGGUGAGGAGGUGGAAGUUCUUCUGGAUGUUCCAGAAUCGACUACAAGGAAAAAUGUGAAGAUUGAAUUCCGACGUCAAGAGGUGAGAAUUUCCAAUCCGAAGACCCUGACACUGAAACUGUUCAAGAAUGUCGAGGUCGAUGGUUGCUCUUGGACCAUGGGCAAGCCUGGACAGCUCGUGUUGACCCUCGAGAAGGCCGAUGCAGCACCAUGGCCACAGCUGCUCAAGGAGCUCGAGGGCCUGUACUUGUGA